AAAACUAGCUAUUUGGCCAGCCAAAACUAGCUCGCCAACGGUGGGAGUGUGGGACCCACGCUCUCUCUCUCAUCAUUCUCUCUGCAUAUGUUGGACAAUGGCGACGACAACGACGAGGCACGGCGGCAGGGCGGCGGACUGCAGCGAGGCGGCGCUGCAGCCGCCGGCCUCCGCUCGCCGCGACCGCCGGCCAGCCGCCGUCCUCCGCUCGCCGCGACAGCCGGCGCCACUCUCUCCUACCUCCGCCCUCUUCCCCGACGUCGACGAGCCGCCUUCAAGCCGCCGCCGCGCCGGCCGCCGCCGCUCCGGCCGCCGCCCAGCCGCCGCCCAGCAGGGCACGGCUGUGCCGACGCCGCCUCCGCCGCGCGCCGCCCAGCCGGGCACGGCUAUGCCGACGCCGCCUCCGCCGCCCGCCGCCCCCUGCCGCACGCUGCCCAGCCAGGCACGGCUGUGCCGACGCCGCCUCCGCCUUGCGCCGCCCCCACCGCGCCGCUCCCCGCCGCCGUCGCCACCAGGCCGCCGCCCCGCCGUCGUGCGCCAGCCGUCGACCCGCCAAUGAAGAACAAGAAAGGAUCAAAUUAGUUUAGUGGGGAAGAGGGGAAGAAAUAGGAAGAAGAAGGGAGAGGCUGACAUAUGGUCCCAGUGUCAUAGAGUUAAAGUAGAGAGGUAGAUAAAGAGGCUGUUGGAGUAAACAACUAGUUUGACUAGCUAAAUUGGAUGGAUAGUUAGCUAUAUGGGUGUUUGGAGAGUCCGAUAUAGAGAGGCUGUUGGUGAUGUUCUGAGCGAUACAAAAGGCUAGUAGCUCCCAAAGUACAUGAACAUGACCCUGCAGUGCUGCACAACUUGUCCAGGAUUUCAUGGCCAAUUUGUCGAUGCAUUUUGGAGUUCAGUAAAGUAAAUAUACUAGCUCUUUUGGGAAGCAAAAAAUUUAGGAACUAGUCAUACUCAUGGCGCCGUAUUUCCCAACGGAAAAUAAUCAAAUCUUUUUUACACUGUAGAUUAUAUAUUUACAUUGCAAUUAUACUAUAAAUUUCAAUACUUUCACUGUAAAUUUCAAGGGUUAUAAUAUAAUUUUCCCAGUACUCACUGUAUAACAGUA